GUGCUGACCCCGGUGUCCCCGGUAGAGUCCCGUCCCCGGGGGUGCUCUCCCCCGCCGUCCCGUCCCCGGUGUGGCCGCACAGCCCGGCUUCCCCCGCGGACGGUCGUGCCGGAUCCCCGCGGACUCGUCCCGGGGGUACCGUGGUCGGUGUCCUUCCCCCCGACCCCCGGUGUUCCCGGUAUUCCCGGUGUUGUUCCCGGUGUCCCCGUGCGGGACCGGGGGUGACGGCCGCGUCCGCAGGGCCCCCGCCGGCACCAUGAGCACCGAGACGCUGGUGAAGGACGUCAAACCGGGGCUGAAGAACCUCAACCUCAUCUUCAUCGUGCUGGAGACCGGCCGGGUGACGAAGACGAAGGACGGGCACGAGGUGCGGACCUGCAAGGUGGCCGACAAGACGGGCAGCAUCAACAUCUCGGUGUGGGACGAUGUGGGGAACCUCAUCCAGCCCGGGGACAUCAUCCGCCUCACCAAGGGGUACGCCUCCGUCUUCAAGGGCUGCCUGACCCUCUACACCGGGCGCGGGGGGGACCUGCAGAAGAUCGGCGAGUUCUGCAUGGUGUACUCCGAGGUGCCCAACUUCAGCGAACCCAACCCCGAGUACGUGGCGCAGCAGUCGCAGAGCAAAGGGGCCCAGAACGAGAGCGCCAGUCCGGCUGCUUCGCAGACCAGCCAGGGCCCCCCCGCGGCACCCCCAGCCCCCGACAGCCAGAACGGGAACGGGCUGAGCCCGGGGGGCCCGGCGCACCCCCCCAGCACCCCCGCGCACCCCCCCAGCGGCCGCAUCACCCGCAGCCAGCCCGGCCACCCCGGCCCCGCCGCCGGCCCCGUCAGCAACGGCAAGGAGACGCGGAGGAGCAGCAAGAGAUAACGGGCCGGGACCCCCCCGUGGCCCCCAGCACGGUCUGCUGGGGGGGGGGGUGUCAGCAGCCCCCCGGCUCCUGCCCCCGGCCCUGAGCAGCCCCCAGGGCGAGGAGGAGGGGGCCG